AUGCUUCCUUUCCUAUUCUACCUUGACUGGGUGGCGGCGAGCCGACUUCGUUUCGGCGACUUCGUCGAAUUCAGUGACCAGAUGGCGGACCUCCAUCGAAACAAACUCGCUCAGAUCCAGGAUAUGGAAAACUCGUCAAGAUCUCCAUUAUCACCCUGCAUCAUCAUCAACCUCGUCAACAGUUGCACCGAUAUUGUUGUGUGUUGGAAGGCAAAACUGCUCAGCCUAACGGUUACCGGCAAUGCCCCAGAGGGCCAAAAAGAAGAUGAAACAAGCAUGACUCGCCGACCUUGUGCCGUUGAGCACAGUGCAGUGCGCACGACUAGGAAUUGGCGGUGCCAGAGACAAAACUGA